AUGAGGUCGGUGGAAGAGAGCGAAGGGGAGCACUCGACGACAGAGUGGGGUCUCGAUACGGACCCAGAACCAGAAUCCCGUGCGGGAGAGACGGGGAAGUGUGCGUCUUGUUCUGGACCUCUUUGGACAGCCAACCAGGAGGAUGCCUCUCACCUGGCAAUGCGUGAGACCCGAGGCGGCGCUGCUCAAGGCCCACGCGCGGCCAGAUCUCGAAAGGGUGAGGGGGAAGAAGCAUCUUUCCCGCGCGAGAAAAGAUUCAGUGAGAGGCCUGCAGGCAUGCCUGUGUCUUCCGACCCCGCAGCAAGCCUGAGGCAGCGAAGAAGCAGCCCCACAGAGCACCUGGCAGCCGCUUCGCGAGAUGCCGCAACUCGACACAGUCGAUCUCGGCCUCCCUCGACGUCUUCCUCGCCUGCAGCCGGGGCCUUGCUUGCAUUUCUGCUGAAGCCGUUCCGCUGCGUUGGCCUCGCGCCGCCCGCAUAUGGCAGCAGCCGGCCAGGAGGAGUCGAGACGGCUGCCUUCGGCGCCUCCGUUGGCGUCGAGACGGGCGCGGGGGCCUCCGCGGGGACAAAGGGACUGACAGGGAUCUCGACUGGCGUCUCGCGCGCAAACAGCGUGGUCCAUCCGACGCCUGCGGGGCAGUCAUCCGUCCAGCUGGAAGCGGAUAAACCCCUCGAGAAGAAGCUGCAGACCUUCCGCGUUCGGUCGCUCUGGACGUUGAUUCUCGUUUUCACCUUCAUCAUCAUCCUGGCUGCGGGUCACGUGUACAGCGCAGGCUUAGUUCUCGCCCUCGUGGCGUCGAUGUACUGGGAAAUUAUCGCGGUCAAGCAGAAACGCGAGGAGGCUCGGAUCCCGGACUUCUACUGGCUCAAGUGGUACUGGUUUUUGAUCACCAUCAUGGGUUUCGGACUUCCUUCGGUGCUUCGGAUGCCGUGGCGACCGUGCGACUCGCCAAGCAGCCCGUUCGGCGGGAGUGGCGCUGGAGGGGCUGCCGGAGACGUCGAGGAAAGCGCCCAUGCUGCACGUUCCGUGUUCGGCCGCGCCGCACGCCGCUUCUUGGAGCGCCUCCUCACGUUUCACAGUCUGGUCACGUACACUGCGGGGUUCAUUGGCCUGGUGUGGUUCAUUCUCUCUCUGCGGAAAGGCUCGAUGCGGUACCAAUUUUCCCAGUUGGGCGUCAUGCUGGUCGCCCUAGUGUUCAUCGUCGGCCAGGCUCUGAUGCAAAUCGCCAACAUCUACUCCGGCCUCAUUUGGUUCAUUCUCCCGACGUCGCUCGUGAUUGUCAACGACGUCUCGGCCUACAUUUGCGGCAUGCUCUUUGGCCGCACGCGCCUCAUCCGCCUGUCGCCCAAAAAGACCGUCGAGGGGUUCGUCGGUGCGUCCUUCAUCACGCUGCUGUGGGCCGUGCUCGUCGCGAAACAACUGCAGGAGUACAAAGUGUUCGUCUGCCCACCGCGCAUGAUCGACUUCCGGCCCUUCGCCAUGUGGCAGGGCCUCGAUUGCGACGUCCCCGACGCGUUCGUGCCCCGGUGCUACGACGCCGAAGUCGAGGCUUUCCUCGGGCUGAAGAGCUGGACCGCUCCUCUCGAACCGACGCCGGAGGAAAUUGGCAGAGCCCGACUCCGGGAAGACGCAGCGGCUCUGGGGGCCGAGGAUGUUGACGGGGGGGACGUGCCGGAACAGAUCGGGACGGCGCAAGAACGCAAGGUCGAGGGACGUGGCAGCGGCGCCCAACCGCGAGGUCGCACCCGCCGAGAAGCACCGACGUUCGGACGGCAACAGGGCGAGCGCGCAAAGGGCGGCUUCGGGGGCUCGGGAGACGUGGUCCCGGACGAGAACGAAGGCGCGGUCCGUAUUCAGCAGGAACAGCAGGCUGUGACGGUGGCAGACGGUUUCGCUCCGGAGGACAUGCCUGUGGAAAGGUCGCAUCUGGCCCGCAGUCCGCGUCGCUCAACCUCGCCUUCGUGUCGCUUUUAUUUCUCUCCUUUUCAGUUCCACAGCAUUGUGUUGGGGCUGUUUGCCGGGUUCUUAGCUCCCUUUGGCGGCUUCUUCGCGAGUGGGUUCAAACGCGCCGCCCGGAUCAAAGACUUUGGAGAGAUCAUCCCUGGCCACGGCGGCGUCACAGAUCGCUUCGACUGUCAAAUUCUCACAGGAAUGUUCACACAUCUCUACUACACGAGUUUCGUGUACACUGAGGACGCGAGCAAACCCGAGGUACACCGUCGUCGCCUGCCCCGCCAUGCAUCACGCGAAGAUUUGCGCCUCCAGCCUCCGCACGAGAAAGUUGAGGACGAAUUUCAAGAUUUCGAGGGCGACAGGGUUGGUGUCGACUCCCGCCGAGGGUAUUCUAUGGGCGGAGAGAGACACGGCGAGCCUGUAGGCGCAGCUUCCCAGCAGAACCCGCAGUGCCUGGAGCCUGCUGGAGACGCUUCAGGGAGCGCCGGCCCGGACGUCCGCGACAAAUCGUCAGACUGGAAAGCAAAGACUGGCGCCGUGCGCGAGUUGGAGCAUAAAGGCGCGCCAGCUGCUUUCUCUGUAGACGGCAGAGACCGGGAAAAAAGUGUUCUCGCGGCAGUCGCCUCCAUGGAAGACGCGGAGGAACUGGAACGCGUAAAGGCCGUCGUCAUCGCGAGACUGGCGGACUUGAAGCGGAGAACGAAGCAGGCGCAGCAAGUCCAAGAGAAAACCGGAUCAAGGGGCAAGAGAUGA